GGGAAAUAUGGUGUACAAUAUACAAGGGAACGCAGUCUGUGAACACGGGUUGCCUAGCUUCCAUCAUCUAGAGACACACCGCAAUCUUCAGUGUUGAAUUGUGUUUACAAAGUGUUGAAUGGGAAUGUGAUAAAUUCCGGAUCGUUAUUCAGUAAAUAACUUAAACGAGUUUAAUUCGUUCGUUUCAACAAAAUAAAUAAACUGUUGAAAUGAACAGACAUUUUCGUUGAUAAUUAUCGGAAUGUUUAAAUUUGAAACGUUUUGGUACCGCGUAUGACGUAACUUUGCUGUGGGGAGUGCAGGUGUCAGCGAAGUGGUUACAAGAGUGUGCAAAUGUUUGCGCAUCUUUUGGAGACGACCAAAUGGUGGGUGAUAGUCGCUGUGUAGUGUCCUACUUCAUUCUAUCAUCGUCUGCUCACUUUCACAGACGUUUCGGCUACUCUGCACUUAACAGUAAACCGGUGCCAUCUAAGUGUUCUGUCUUUCAUUCUAUUCUUCUUGAUUCUACUCUUUCUUUAUCUUCGUUCUUCUCGUCAAAAUCUACAUGGCGGUCGUGAGAUUCCGGAAUAUGCAUCUCUGGCUUCUAACAGUGGCCUUCUUCUGCGUGACAAUUGCAGUUGGAUCGGGAUUUGUGCUCGAGGGUUCACAGACAUCUUAUGCACAGUUCCGGAAAUGGAACGCGGGUCUCAAUGGAUCUUUGGAGUUCGAGUUUAAGACCGAACAGCCGAAUGGGUUACUUCUGUACACGGAUGAUGGGGGGACUUACGAUUUCUUUGAGAUCAAGCUUGUUGAGGGGGCUCUGAGAUUGAGGUACAAUCUCGGUGGCGGUGCCCAGAUCCUAACCGUUGGUCGCGACCUCAAUGACGGUCACUGGCACAAAGUUCAGGUGCAGAGACACGUGGAGAGGACGUCACUGACAGUUGACGGCGUCACACAGAGCGGGUCGUCGCGCGGCAAGGAAUUUCACUUCGGUAGCCUGGCUUCGAACUCGGACGUGUACGUUGGCGGUAUGCCGUCGUGGUACAACACAAAACUGACUCUACUAGCCCUCCCUAGUGUCAUCUUUGAGCCACGUUUCGGUGGAGCGAUCCGAAAUCUUGUGUACUCGGAUGAGGAAGGCGGUAUUCCUCGGCGUCAAGAGAUGAAGAUGACGGAAUUCAAGUGUGGCGGUUUCCAUUGUUUUGGAGCGACGGACCGCAAGAGGACGGCUAGGGGUAUCAGGGGCAACACAACAGACGCCUGCGAAGAUCAUGACCCUUGCCAGCAUGGUGGCAUAUGCAUUUCGACUGACAGUGGUCCUAUCUGUGAAUGCCGAAACGUCGACUUCGAAGGGAUCUUUUGCGAAAAAGAUAAGGCGCCUUCAGAAGCAACGUUUAGAGGAUCGGAAUAUCUGUCCUAUGACCUGAGCAAAACUGGAGGAGAACCUAUUGUCAGCACUCAGGACGCCAUUUCACUCAACUUCAAGACCAGGCAACCCAGCGGUUUGCUCUUCUAUACAGGUGACGGUCAGGAUUAUCUAAACCUGGCGCUAAAGGAUGGUGGCGUGACUCUGACGAUGAAUCUUGGCAAUGGACGACUGGAGAUACAGAUCAAGCCCAAUCGAGUGCGAUUUGAUGACAACCAAUGGCACAAAGUCACCGUCCACAGAAAAGUUCAAGAGAUUUCUGCAGUAACGAGCUUCUGCCAUUUGUCAGCGGUUGUGGAUGGCGUCUACUCACAACAUUCCAACACCGCAGGGACAUUCGCCAUGUUUUCUUCCAGUAGAGUGUACGUCGGGGGUAGCCAAAACACUCACGCUCUGCCCGGAUCCAGAAUACACAGCAAUUUCGUCGGUUGUCUCCGAAAGGUUGAGUUCACUGCGGACACCCUCAAACUCAACUUGAUCGACCUGGGUCGGACUGAGAGCAAACUCAUCACUGUCGCUGGUCACGUGGACUUCAUGUGUCAGGAAGUGGAGGCCGCUGACCCUGUGACCUUCACCACUCGAGACUCGAACCUCGUCCUGCCCCCUUUGGACGCUACCAGGUCCAGUUCUAUCUCAUUCAAGAUUCGAACGAACGAGCCUAAUGGACUUCUGAUGUACAGCAGCGGGGCCAGCUCUUCACAUGCGGAUUUCUUCGCCUUCGAGCUUCUGAACGGCCAUAUCUACCUCCACCUUGACCUUGGUUCGGGCGGGGUCAGGGUCAAGGCCACUACGCGUCGUGUUGAUGACGGCGUAUGGCACGAGGCGACGCUGAGACGCGCCGGUAAGGAAGGUCGCGUCACAGUGGACGGAACUGCCGCCGACUUCAGCACUCCAGGCGAAUCUAAUCAGCUGGAUCUGGAGGGGCCGCUGUAUAUCGGGGGCGUAGGCCCGCCCACAGCCCCACUGACUGUGCCACCGGUCCUGUGGGCAGGAGUGUUACGCCACGGCUAUGUUGGAUGCAUGCGUGACCUGGUGAUCAACGGAAAUGCCAUUGACAUCGCCGGUUACGCCCGCCGGCAAGACUCCGGCGCAAUCCGGCCAUCUUGUCACGUUCAGUUGCCGCAGUGUGACUCCCAGCCCUGCAUGAACGGGGGGUUGUGCACUGAGGGUUGGAACAGGUUCAUCUGCGACUGCAGUGCCACCAGCUUCACGGGGCCCACGUGCGGGAAAGACUCGACAACGCUGACGUUCAACGGCUCACAGCACGUUCUGAUCACAAUGCCGGACGAGUUCCGCACGCAGACUGAAGACGUCGUCCUCCGAUUCCGAACUACGAGGCCGCUGGGGCUUCUACUCACCACCAACACGGAGCAGUCAGCCGACAGACUGGAACUCGCCCUGAUGGGUGGCAGGCUUCGUCUCUUGGCCAGACUGGGCGACCGUGAGAAGGUACUGAUAGCAGGACAAGGCCUCAACAAUAACCAGUGGCAUACUUUAAGAUUUUCUCGGCGUGGCAGUAGUCUCAAACUGCAGGUGGAUGAUGACAGCCCACUCAGAGCGGACGCUGUGUUCGGGAAGCAGAAUAUCCUGGAAUUUCGGACCAUGCACGUCGGCGGACUCUUCCACGCCGAAGAGGAGAUUCAGAUGACAAACACUGUCCCCAACUUUGUCGGAUCCAUGCAGCAGUUCUCGUUUAAUGGUCAUCUGUAUUUUGAGAUGGCUAGAUCUUCAGGCGGAGGUUAUGGCGGUCAACACGCACCAGGAUCUGCUCCGCAGUUGCGCGUCACCGCCAAAUUUGGCAAACGCGAUCAUCAACUAGUGCAUCAUCCAGUCACUUUCCGUUCCAAACACACAUUUGUGGGUCUUCCUGUCCUUAAAGCCUAUUCUGCUACUAAUAUCUACUUCCAGUUUAAGACCCGUGAACCGAGCGGACUAAUAUUGUAUAAUGCCGGAAGGGAACAAGAUUUCUUAGCCGUCGAAUUAGUCAAUGGGCACCUCCACUACAUCUUCAACCUGGGAGAUGGACCCGUGAGAGUCCGCGAUAAUGCCAGAAGUAGUCUGAAUGACAAUCGAUGGCACGCCGUUACGAUAGGCAGACCGAGCCCCAAGCAACAUACCCUCAUGGUGGAUGACAACUUUGCAAUUGUGACAAGCUUGGGUACCAAUGAAAAUCUAGAUCUGGCUGGAAUUCUGUACCUAGGUGGUGUUCAGAAAGAUAUGUAUUCAUUCUUGCCAAAACAAAUACAGUCUCGUCAAGGAUACGAGGGCUGUUUAGCCAGUCUUGACCUCAAUGGAGAAUCUCCUAAUCUAAUGGUGGAUGCUGUAGUUCCAAGUUCUCAACUAACUUCUGGAUGCGAAGGGCCCAGCACAAAGUGCAGUCAUAACAUCUGUGCUAAUCGUGGAGUGUGCGUGCAGCAGUGGAAUUCAUACGCAUGUGACUGUGAUAUGACUUCAUACACUGGACCUACUUGCUCAGAUGAAUCAACAGCUUAUGAGUUUGGUCCACGACGAGGUCUCAUCACUUAUACUUAUGCUGAAGACAGAAGGCCAGAGAUGAAAAGUGAUGUCAUCGCAUUGGGUUUUAUUACGAACAAAGAAGAUGCAAUUCUGCUCCGGAUUGACAGCGGCACAUCCAAUGAUUAUAUGGAACUAGAAAUAGUGGAAGGGAAUAUCUUCAUGGUGUAUAACAUGGGCACAAAUGACCAUCCAAUAGGUGAAGUUGGAGUCAAAGUCAAUGACAAUGCAUAUCAUGUUAUACAGUUUACACGUUCAGGUGCCAAUUCAACAAUCCAGGUUGAUGAUUAUAAUGUUCAGACCAAUCAUCCAACAGGUCACCAGCUGUCCGUGUUCAACAGUCAAGCUCAAAUUCAAAUUGGGGGAAAGUGGAAUGACGCCAAACAACGGGUGGAAAGGCCAUUUUCUGGUGUCAUGGCAGGUCUGGUAUUUAAUGGGCUGAGGUUACUGGAUCUUGCAUCAGAGAAGAAUGGGCAUAUAUCAGUGAGAGGCGAUGUUCAGCUUAUGACAGGAAUAAGAGAUCGACAGCACGAGCCCCUGCAGCGUAUGCAGCAGACACCACCAUCAGGUUUACCUGGUGUAGAAGAUGACUUGGUCUUCUCAGGAGCUGGUUCAGGUUGCAAUGCAGAUGAUGAAGAUGAGUGUACUCCAGUAUUUGAGAGUGGAUCAGGAGAUGAUCUUAUUACACCAGUAUAUGUUCCUCCCACAAGACCUCCAACCACGACUUCUAAGGUGACACCUAGUACUCAGUGUGAUGACGAGGACUGCGUGACAGGCUCUGGGUCAGGUGAGAUCACCACAGAGGAUAACAAUACAGGAACUCCAGAAAAGGUAUCAUCACAACAUAGCAGCACAGUCCCAGACGGAACUUCAAAUCAAGAUUCAACAGAUUCUGGUACAUCAGAAAUUCCUUCUGGAUUAGUACCUGGUGGUGAUUCCAGUACUGGUCAAAGUAUGUCACCCUCAUCCACAAGUGGCUACAGCACGGCGGACAACAUCGGCAGUAGGUCGUCAUCGACAACGGGUAGCGGUCCUGGCACAAGUAGCACUUCCACCACCAGCACGGAACUACCGAUGCCACCUGCGAUAAUUCCUCUUACACCAAGACCACCUAGGCGCAAAGACCAAGAACUCAUCACCUCUGAGGCAGCUGAAAAAACAGCUCUCAUCAUUGGCAUAAUAGCAGGAGCUAUGAUUGCUAUAAUUCUUAUCAUCCUCAUCAUCCUUAAAUUUAAGAGUCGAUCAGAUAGUUCGUACAAAGUUGAUGAGAGUAAGAAUUAUCAGAAAUCUCAAGGACCUAAUGCUGCUCUCCUCGGAGUAGGUUAUAGACAGCAGCAUCCGCAGCAGAUGAACGGAAACCUGAAGAAUGAUAGUGAAAAGUGUGGGAAUAAAUCCGUUAAGAAAUGUGAUGUCAAGGAUGUUAAAGAGUGGUAUGUGUAACAAUCAUAUACAAAGGACAUCAAUAUCAGAAAAUUCAUAUCAGUAUAAAUGUUACAUUUUUAAUGUUUUGAGGCUGUAGUACUGGUAGGGGGGAGGAGGGGGAUACAACUUCAAAGUACGUAACUGAAUGAAAUUGAAAUGUGUGACUUAUGUACAUCAUUUAGUGCAGUUUUCAGAAACUAUGUGGCAUUAAAGAGAACUCCGAGCCAACUACCAAAUUAUGUAAGACUGAAUUCUGUUUCUCAGUAUCGUAAAAUUAUAAAAAAAAACAGUUAAGUUAUAUUGGCUGGUCUGCAUAAAGUGAUCAUAUAUAUUGAAUGAUUACUUUUGGUAAUGUUAUCAAACAUCUGGUUUUGUUCCAAAAUUGAAAUUGAUUUCAUUUGUGCAAAAUUACUGUUAGAGGACUGAUAAAGCGUUCAUAAAAAAAAGAGUUGCCAACUCACUUGGUCACACGUGUACUGAGAUUUUAUUUCUCUCUUGGUGUUGAAGUUAUGACAUGUUCCCUAGCUUUCAGUAAUACCUGUACUGUAGUUCAGUACCGCAAGUAUUUUGAUGUUACAUAUAAUUCAACUGGAAUGUGGAAAGAGGAAAAGAUUUCUCCAUACCCCAGAAAGCUUUCUGCAGUGGUAAUCCAUAUGUCCAUGUAGCUAUCCAAAUAAUGAAACAUCAAAUAUGCUUAAUUAGUUUUCUCAUUCUUCCACGUGAGCGAGAAGAAAGCUAUAUCAAAACCACACCUAUAACAAGCUUUUUACUUAUUGUGGAUAUAUUUGUAAGUGUAGAGUGCUUUGGCCUGGGGAGCAUGUACUUCAGAAUUAACUUUUUUUAAGGUGUAUAAUUAGUGAUGGAUACUGGAAUUUUAUGAGUUGUGAAUAGGAUUAUAUUUCAACAUUGUCCUGAAGAAAUAAACACCUAAUAUCUGUUAAUCGAUGGGCUUUCUGAAUAGGAAGCAAACAUUCAUAAUUUCAGAUAGAGUGACUCUUUGUACAUGCACAAAAAACAACAGAACUGAAUUUAUGGUUUGUAAUAUUCAGAGAAUCCUAAAAAAAUGAGAUCAAAAUAAUUAUGAAACAAUGAUAUAUGUAUUGUAGUUACAGUGUAGGAUGUGGUUACAUUUCAUAAUAAAUUAAAAUGCAAUGUGGUUUAUUCCAUGAAUCCUGAACAAAAAUUUAAAUAAGUUGGCAACCUUCCACAUAUCUUGAUACUUUAACUGUAAUAAUCAUUGGUAAUGAUGUGGUCAGGUCUUGGUUACAAACAUUUUAAUGAACAAUUGUUAUCUUAGUGCAACCAGCCACUACUCAGAAUGAUAGCUCUUUGAUUGUGGUCUUAAUUGACAUUUCCAAUCAGCAGCUUUCCAAAGCUCAUUUAAUGUUUCAGACUUUCUUUCACAGAAUGUAAUAUUUCAGAGAAAUUGUUCAGGUUCAUAUUAACUGCCACAAAUACACAUAUCAGAUUUCUUAUUAUAAUGAAAGAUGCUUCAUCUUGUACACAUUUUUAAUUGUUGUGCUAAUUUAUUUAAUUCAGAAUUUUCUAUGAAUCAAACAGAAAAGAUGUCAGCAGACAUUUUGUAUACUGUACUCUAUCAACUUCAACACAUUCUUUGUCACGUAAUCUUAGUACACACUUUUAAUAGCAUGAUAUUUAUUAAAAUGUCAUAUUAUACUUACAGACAAGAAAAAAUCUGUCAUAAUAGAGUUCAUUCAGAGGUUCACAAAUUACUGAAAAACAAAAGAAGCCAGAUCAUCAUUCAAGAUUGCAGUCCAUUUGGAAGUUCAACAACAUUGCAAAUUUAUAUAAUCUGUUGGGAAUGUGUUAUGUUCCAGUAUCAGUUGUAGAAUCUGAAAGCAAAAGAAGAAAUAAUUCUAAUAUAUUUUACUUACUCCAAGAAAAUGACAUGAUGUCUAUAGUAAAUGCAGAGAAUUCUUAAUUUCUUUUAUCAUAUUCAACAAAAUAAAAUUAUUAUCACCAAUCAUAUGACUGGAACAUUGUCACAUGUUCAAAAAGACAGAAGGUUCAUAUUUUUAAAGUGAGAUUUUAAUGAGACACUUGAAAUGUGAUGUGUCAAGGUCAUACCAUUGCCCUUUCACAUUCAAGACAUUUUAAGGUGCUUAAAAUGUUAUCACUAUAAAAUAGCAGACAUUGAAUCAAGAGAACUAUAAAAUGAUCUCAUUUCAUAGAAUGUGCAUGUUUGCUACAUUGUUUAUUGUUCUUGUUAUUGUCAUUAGUUUUAUGAAUAAGAAAAUAGAAACAUCUUCAUAUAUUUGUGUCCGAAUGGAGUCAAAUUGUCAUCUAUAAGGCUCAGAAAAUCAAAAGAAAGGAAAGGAAAGGAAUUUUAAAGCAAAAAUAUCCAAGAAAUAUGAAAAUAUUAUACAAAAUUAUGUUUUAUGUAUAUCUAGUGAAGUUUGGACUCCUUAUCGCCACUGACAAGUGAUGGGGAAAGACGGGUGACUUUACAUGAUGAUAAUUCAUAAGCUGUCUUUUAAGUACAUGUGUUUACACAACUGCCAUUAUCAUUAUAAUUACAUGCAUAAAGUUACAGGUUAUAUUAACUUCUUAACUGAUUCACUCCAUAGAGCAGAGUUCCUCUUUAGAAGCUAAUAGUAAGCUCAGUUUUUCAAGAAAUUCCCUGCCAUCCAUGGAACCCAAAGGUUUGUUAUCAUGUUCACAAGAGCCUGCUACCAAUCUUUGUCCUGAGCCAGAUUAGUCCAAUCUGCACCUUUCAACCAGAUUGUACCAAGUUCCCAUUUAAUAUUAUCCUCUGUUUGUGCCUAGUUGCUCUGAGUGGUCUCUUCCCUUCAAGCUUUUUAACAAAAAUUUUGUAUGCAUUUAUCAACUCCCCCAUGUACAACUAAUCCUCCUUGAUUUGAUCAUCCUAAUCAUAGUAAUCAAAAGUUAAAAAUACUUUUUCUUCGUCACUACAUCGAAACACCAUACUUAAAAUAACCAUCAUUUGAGUUUUCUGAAAGAAAAGAAAAGAAAAAUUAAAAAAAAAUGUUUAUUGACCUACAGUUUAAUAAGAGAUUCAGUUUUGUAUUGAAAUUCAUAAAUAUGGAAAUAACUUAAGUGUGACGACAAGUUUCACUUCAAAUCAAAAUAUUAUAAUGUUGGGAUCUACAGGAUGAUUAUUACUGUGUGAGAUAAGUUGAUAUUUAAUAUCUUAGUGAGGUAAAGUAUGAUGUUUAAAAUAAAUUUAAACUGUAAACAGAAGUCUUCAUGCAUAUAAUGAAAAAAGUUAAUAAUAACACAUCAAAACUAAUGUAAGUAAAGAGUCGUCAGCUCGGAAAUAUGCGCUCACAAUUUUAUCGUGCAGUCUGGCUUCCUGUGCAUCACACUAGCAUACCACUAACUGUUAACUCCCGAGUUAAUGUCUAGCAUCCCUGUAGUAAGGGAAUUUUAAAUCCCGUAUUCUUGGGUAUCUGAAUGCCAGUCUGGUUAAUAGUGUCUUACAGAAGAAAAAUUAUUCACAUAAAUUGGUUAUAACAACAAAGUCAUCAGUAGGAAGCACAGAACUUAGACAACUAAUAUCUGUGCAUCUCAGAUUUGUAGUCCUUUCUAAUAAUAAGUUUCAGGAAGAACUCUGUGUGAUAAAAGUAAGCUGCCUGACCGGCACAUUACUUCCCAUCACAUCUCCAUAAAUGCCCUUAACCUCGCUCAUUACACUCACAUGCAUUGUCUUAAUUUGUUAUGAAUGCUUAUUUUCCUGGCUUAGAAUAGCACCAGCCUUCUACUCUGGACUGCAGAAGGCACAGAUGUAGUAUUGUACAAUACAAUGUUUUUCCUAUACAAACAAACAGUUUUAAAUUAAAAUAGAGAAAAGGUUUUGUAGUUAUUGUGUGUUCUUUGCGUGGUCUAUAAAAUAAACACAGUUUUCAUUAAAUUGAGUACUGUGAACAUACACUGAAAAAAUUGUUGAGAAAAUUUAAUAUUUGUUCAUAACAGUCAAAUAUAAACUGUGUGUUAUACAUUA